AUGUCCGACUUUGACCACGAUCUCUACGGCGAUCUCGACCUCGAGGACCUCGACGCUACCCAGCUCGAGGAGGAGCUCGUCGACCCCGACGCUGAGCCGUCGUCGCAGGACGCGCCGGCUCCGGCCGCUGCCGCUGCUGCGCCAGUGCAGCAGCACCAGCAACAGCAGCAGCAGCAGCAGCACUCGCAGCCGGCGUACGACGACGGCCAGCAUGCGUCGGGCUCGUCGGGCCAGCUCCAGGGCGGCUAUGCCAAGCAGGAGCCUGGCGAGUUCGGCGGCGGCGGUGGAUUCGGAGACCGUAUCAAGCCGAGUGAUAUGCCGGACGAGGGCAAGAUGUUCAUUGGAGGCCUCAACUGGGAGACGACAGAUGACGGCCUUCGCACCUACUUCUCCACAUAUGGUGAUAUCGACCAGUGCACCAUCAUGCGCGACCCCACCGGCCGUUCGCGUGGCUUUGCCUUCCUGACCUUCAAGGACCCUGCGUCGGUACAGCGGGUUCUCGAGAAGGACCACCAGCUCGAUGGUAAGAUGAUCGACCCCAAGCGUGCCAUCCCCCGUGCCGAGCACGAGCGUACGGCCAAGGUGUUUGUCGGCGGCCUCGCGCCGAGCGUGACCUCGGAAUCGCUCAAGCAGUUCCUCUCGCAGUUCGGCAAGGUGAUGGACGCGACUGUCAUGUUUGACCGCAUCAACGGCCGGUCAAAGGGCUUUGCCUUUGCCACGUUUGCCGAGGAGUCUGGCGUCGACAACGCCAUGUCGCACAGUGGCAUCGAGCUCGAGGGCCGACAGAUUGAGAUCAAGAAGGCGCAGCCCCGUGGCGCAGGCACCCAGGUCAAGAGCUUCAACCAGCCCGGCGGUGCGCGCACUACGGGCUUCAACGCGACCUCGGGCGCCAUGGGCUUUGGCAUGCCGGGCUUUGACCCCAACGCCAUGGCCAUGAUGUACCAGAACAUGAUGAAGAGCGCGACUGGCGCCGGCGCCGGCGGCAUGGGCGGCGGCAUGGGUGGUGGCUUUGACCCGGGAGCCAUGGCCAUGAUGUACCAGAACGUCAUGAAGAACAUGGGCAUGGGCCAAGCCCCAGCCAUCAACCCCAACAUGGCUGGACGCGGCAUGGGUGGUAUGGCCAUGGGCGGCGGAAUGGGCGGCAUGGGCAUGGGCAUGAACAACAUGAUGGGCAUGGGCAUGGGCAUGGGCGGCAUGGGAAUGGGUGGUAUGGGCAUGGGCAACGGUAUGGGUGGCGGCGGCGGCAUGGGCGGUGGCAUGGGCGGUGGUGGUGGCGGACGCGGCGGACGACAGGUGCCGAACGCGCCCCGUGGCCCCGCGGCGAUGCGCAACACUGGCGGCCCCAGCGGACUCGCGCAGCCCAUGGCCCAGGGCGGCGGUGGUAGCUCCGGCGGUGGCGGUAGCGGCAACGGCUCUGGGCCGCAGCGCUACUCGACCCAGGGCCAGCAGCGGUCACGCCCAUACUAGGUCGAGCGUGAUCGCGUGAGGCUGCCUGCCACCUCACCUUGACAACGUUGACUGAAGGAAAGAUCCACGACCAAAGAGACUCUAUACAAACUCCACCAUUCCCAGCAUGGCUCGUACUGUUCAUGUAUUGUAUGCACC